GAAAGUGAAUUCUCCAGUAUAUAAACCCCAGCAGAGAGGGCAAACAUUGAAGAUACAAGCAUGAUGAAGUUUGUGGUCCUGGCUGUUCUGUUUGUUGGAGCUUAUGGAUGUGGGCUGCCCACCUACCCUCCUAUUAUAACGAGGGUUGUGGGGGGUGUGGAUGUCCGUCCACACAGCUGGCCCUGGCAGAUCUCCCUCCAGUACAGUAGUGGCAGCAGCUGGUACCACACUUGCGGUGGAAGCCUUAUUUCCGAUCAGUGGGUUUUGACUGCUGCUCACUGCAUCAGCAGUAGCAGAACUUACAGGGUGUAUCUGGGAAAACAUAACCUGAAGGAGGAGGAGAACGUAUCUGCGGCCAUUGCCGCUGGAAAGAUCAUUGUCCACGAGGACUGGAAUUCCUUCACUAUUCGUAAUGAUAUCGCCCUGAUCAAACUGGAGAGUCCUGUCACUCCAAAUGACACUAUCACUCCUACAUGUCUGCCUGCUGAUGGCCAUGUUCUGCCCCACAAUGCUCCCUGCUAUGUCACUGGUUGGGGACGUCUCUACACCAAUGGACCCCUUGCUGAUAUCCUGCAGCAGGCUCUUCUGCCUGUGGUGGAUUAUGCCACCUGCUCUAAGUCUGACUGGUGGGGCUCUCAGGUCACACAAAACAUGGUCUGCGCUGGUGGAGAUGGUGUUGUUGCUGGAUGUAAUGGCGACUCUGGUGGCCCCCUGAACUGUGCUGGUAGCGACGGCGCUUGGGAGGUCCACGGUAUUGUGAGCUUUGGUUCAGGCCUGAGCUGCAAUUAUAACAAGAAGCCCACCGUUUUUACUCGUGUGAGCGCCUACACUGACUGGAUCAGCAAGAACAUGGCCAGCUACUAAAGAGCAAACAGAAAUGGGUUUUGUAUCACCGACGCCUUGAACAAUAAAAAUGUUAAAAGGCA